AUUGAUGAAAUACCCCUUGGUUGCGAGGAACUGCACGCCAAAAGUUUUAUUGACAUUGGAUUUUGUGAAUUUUGCCCAAAAACUUGUGUUUCCGCAUUCAUCAUGGCUCUCCGUGCCCAAUUUGAGAAUAAAGAUGAUAUCGGGGUGUUCAGCAAACUAACAAAUGCCUACUGCUUGGUGGCAAUUGGGGGAUCAGCGAAUUUCUACAGUGUUUUCGAGGCAGAACUUGGUGAGACAAUCCCCGUGGUGCAUGCCAGUAUAGCAGGAUGCAGAAUUAUUGGUCGUCUAACUGUGGGGAAUCGACACGGGUUGCUGGUUCCCAAUUCAACAACAGAUGUGGAGCUGCAGCACCUCCGGAAUAGUUUGCCAGAGAGUGUUAAAAUUCAGAGGGUGGAAGAGAGAUUAUCUGCCUUGGGGAAUGUCAUCUCCUGCAAUGACUAUGUGGCAAUUGUGCAUCCAGAUCUGGACAAAGAAACACAAGAAAUCCUCGGAGAUACAUUAAAUGUUGAGGUUUUCCCGCAGAUCAUUGCAAAUAAUGUCCUCGUGGGAUCGUACACAGUGCUUAGCAAUCAGGGAGGUUUGGUACAUCCCAAAUCAACGAUAGCAGAACAGGAUGAGCUUUCGUCGAUGCUCCAAGUGCCAAUUGUGGCUGGUACUGUAAACCGGGGAAGUGAUGUCCUGGCAGCAGGACUCACCGUAAAUGAUUGGUGUGCGUUCUGUGGCAUGAGCACAACAUCCACAGAGGUAGCGGUCAUUGAGAGCGUCUUCAAACUCAAUGAAGCCAAACCAACAAAUGUUACCAGUGAGCUCCGGACAUCCAUCAUUGAGACGAUGUGGUAAAAUCUCCUUCAUCCCCCUCUAUAUAAAGAUCAACAAGAUGUAUCUUUUUUUCAGUUAUACAGCAUCUUUUUUUAAAGAAUAAUUAACAAAAUUCAUUACUUGUAAAAGUAUAAAUUGAAAUAUAUCAAAAAUACAAAAUUA